AUGGAGGAAGGAUGUAACUGGUAUUUAGGGAUUAUACCUUCAAGGAACACGUUCUAUAAUAAAUUCGACCGUCCUCAAGGAGAAUGUGAUUAUGGAGAUAUUUGGUCUGAGCAUAAGCGAAAAGAAUUAGAGCAUAAAUUAGAAGAGUACGGCGGAAUUUCCAGUUCCAAAGACAGGAUCAUGAAAGCCUAUUAUUGUGCGUGUACAAUGAAGGGAGAGGAGCCCUUUGAGGAUGCACCCUGUUAUUUCUUUUAUUAUUGGAUGAGAAAUAUGGUACCCAAGGAUUCACAUACCUAUACUUUGCCAGAAGUCCUGAAUGCAAUUUAUCAGACGCAGGGAAAUGUUCCCUGUGAAAAUAGGUGCAGUGUUAAAUACGAUGAUGUUGAAGAAGACCUUUUCAAAAAAAGGAAAGAAGUCUUUGAUUAUUCUUAUGAUUAUAAAAUUGUAGAAAAGGAAUUACAGAAAGGUGAGUCCGAUUGUGAGGGAAAGUGGUCGAAGUACCUAAGGGAUGUUGCCUCAGCAUGUGAUGCUGUAAGUGCAAAGUGCCAAAGGGGAAAUAGUAAUGAACCUCAUUAUUGUUCAGACUUCAACAAAAAAUAUAGGGACUACUGUGAUGACAAGCUACCAGAACUGGAAUCUUUACUCAGUCAGUGCAAUCCACCCAAACCAAAACCAAAUCCUAAUCCUAAUCAAGCUGGUAGUAGUGGUUCGUUUUCGGAUGCCGCCGCGGAAAAUUUACCUUCAAAAAUUGCGGACAAGGAACUCAAUAAUCCCCAGAACCUCUGUAAGGACAGUGAUAAUGUACCUGAGAAAAUAAGGCGUGCAUUGAAGGAGGAGAAUGGUGAGGGCGAAUAUACUAAAAAGCUAAAGGAAGUAUGGUGCUACGCAAGCGACAAAGAGAACAAGGGCACUUUAUCCCAAGAACAGCGCUGUGGUUUUUUGUACUACUGGAUAGGGAAUACAUUAUGGAGCACUUUGGACAAUACUGAAUUCUGGGACGUUAUGAGUGCGGUUUACAGUGAAUUGAAGCAGUUGCCUGAUAUUGGGGAACGGUGCAACAUUGUGUGCAGCCACAUUAAUAGAGACCUUUUCACAUUUGAGAAACAAGUAUAUGAGUAUUAUAAGGACCGCGGAACUAUGGAAGCGAAGUUAAAUCAAAGUAGCGGCUACUGCAGUGAGGAAUAUUCAAAUUACCUGAAGAAUGCUGUUCUAGCUUAUCGGAUAGUGGAAGCAGAGUGUAAAGGGAAUUCUGCUACUGACAAUAGUAAGUGUGGGGGGUUCAUGGGUAAGUAUGGAAAAAACAGUCCUAAGGACUUCAUAAGUAAGAGUUGUGAUCCAAUUUUAAAGGACUUACCUUCAACAAUGGCGUAUAAGGAGAUUAGGGAAGGCAAGAUCUCCUGUGGGGAUGGUGAUAGUUUACCUUCAGUAAUAGAGACAGCAUGGAAUUUAAAUGCUGAAGAGAGUGAAAGUAUAGAGUACCUUAAGAAAGUCUGGUGCCAAGCACGUACCAUGAAAGGGGACACUUUAUCCCAGGAGGAGCGCUGUCAUUUUUCCUAUUAUUACAUAGGGGAUAUGUUCUAUAACAGCUUCAAGAGUGAUGAAUCAUUUCAGAGUUUUAUGGAUACUGUCAGCACCGAAUUGCAGAAGCUAGGUGUUGCAGAAGAGUGUAAAAUUGAACGCAGCCGUUUUGAAAAUUUCCUUUUCAAAUAUGAGAAGGAGGUAUAUGAUUAUUAUCGGGACCUUACAGCUAUAGAAAAAGGGAUAGCGGAGAAUGAGUCCAAGUGUACUGCAGAAUUGGACAGAUACCUGGUAGGAGCUAAAGAAGCAUAUACGGUUAUAGGGGGGCAGUGUGGAAGAAAACUUCGUGAGGGCACUGAUUACUGUACCAAAUUUAAGGACGAGUACAGUAAACGCAAACCUGAGGACCUCAUAAAGACCAAGUGCCUAGCAGCGAAGCAACUGGAAGCUAGAACAGUUGUAAGAAGUCCGCCUGCAGUUAUCAAUAUUGGACCAGAAAAAGAGGACAAAUCAGUAUCUACAACCCCCGCUGCAGUCUCUUCGGUCCUUACAUUUUUAGGUCUCCCUACUAUUCUAUUCUUUCUUUAUAAAGUAAUAGUACAUAAUUAUAAUUAA